AUGAAGAUCACCGCCCUCGCCUCCCUGGCCUGGCUGGCCGUGGCGCCUCUUGUCAGCGCCCACUACAGCUGGGACAAGCUCAUUGUCAACGGCCAACAGCGUGGCGGCGACUGGCAGUACAUCCGCCAGCACACCCGCGGUUACAUGCCCACCAAGUGGGAGGAGAUCCUGCGUCCGGAUUUCCGUUGCAACGACAACGCCCUCUCGGGCGCCCGUACCCAGGUCUACACCGUCCGCCCCGGCGACCGUGUGGCCGUCAGGCAAGCUUUCGGUGCCAACAGCAUGGAGCACCCCGGUCCCACUCAGGUUUACCUGAGCCGCGCUCCGGGCAGCGUUCAGUCGUAUGACGGAUCUGGCGACUGGUUCAAGGUCCACCAAUCCCUCGUGUGCCGUCAACGGGGCCCCAACGGCUUCCAGACCGACGCCUGGUGCAUGUGGGGCGAGAACACCAUCGAGUUCACCGUUCCCUCCAACAUCCCCACCGGCGAAUACCUCGCCCGCUACGAGCACAUCGCCCUCCACGGCGCCCACGGCGGAGAGGCCGAGUUCUACUACGCCUGCGCCCAGCUUCGCGUCGAGGGAACCAGCGCCUCCAGCAUCCCCGGGCCCACCGCCAGGAUCCCCGGCGUCUACGGAACCCGCGACCCUGCCGUCAACUUCAGCGUCUGGAACGGCCCCACCCGCUACCCGCACAUUCCCGGCAUCGCCGUCGUCCCCGGCGGCACCAUCCGCGGCAACGACGACGGCUCCGUCGGCUUCAGGACCAUCACUGUUAGCGGCGGCGGCAGCCCCCCUCCCAGCAACCCGCCUCCUAGCACCCCUCCCCCUCCUCCUCCUCCUCCUAGCAGCGGCGGCGCGCCUCUGUACGGCCAGUGUGGUGGCGAGGGCUGGGAUGGCCCUAGGACCUGUGCUCAGGGUACUUGCCGCGAGCAGAACCCGUGGUACAGCCAGUGCCUUUAAGCGAGCAGAGGACUCU